GUCGCGCCGGCCGCCAUGGAGCCUGGGCCACUCGGCGGCUCCAGGCCCGCCGAGCGGAGGCCUUGCCUGAGCAGCCGGCUCGGCGCAGACCGGGCGGCUUCGGCCUCCUUGCUGAGCGCGGCCGGGGCCGAGCCAGGGCGCCGCCCGCUCGCUGUGGCAGCCGUGCUACCGGCGGGGGGGUGCGGGGAGAGGAUGGGCGUCCCCACCCCGAAGCAGUUCUGCCCCAUCCUGGAGCGGCCGCUCAUCAGCUACACCCUGCAGGCCCUGGAGAGAGUAUGUUGGAUAAAGGACAUUGUUGUGGCAGUAACUGGAGAGAACAUCGAAGCAAUGAACAGUAUCAUUCAGAAGUACCAUCAUGAGCGCAUCUCAGUAGUUGAAGCUGGAGUAACCCGCCACAGGUCAAUUUUCAAUGGACUAAAAGCACUGGCAGAGGAUCAGCCCGACUCAAAGCUGUGUAAGCCGGAAGUUGUGAUUAUCCAUGAUGCUGUCAGACCAUUUGUUGAGGAAGAUGUCCUUCUCAAAGUUGUCAUAGCUGCUAAGGAACAUGGGGCAGCUGGAGCAAUUCGACCUCUUGUAUCCACUGUCAUCAGUCCCUCUGCUGAUGGUUGCUUAGACCAUUCGCUAGAACGUGCCAGACACAGAGCAAGUGAAAUGCCACAGGCUUUUCUAUUUGAUGUGAUCUAUGAAGCAUAUCAGCAGUGUAGUGACUAUGACUUGGAAUUUGGAACUGAGUGUUUGCAAUUGGCUCUAAAAUACUGUCACACUAAAGCCAAACUUGUAGAAGGAUCACCUGACCUCUGGAAGGUGACCUACAAACGAGAUCUGUAUGCGGCUGAAUCGAUUAUUAAGGAAAGAAUUUCACAAAAGAUCUGUGUAGUUAUGGACACAAAAGAAGGUGAAGAACCUGUAGGUCAUCUUCUUGAAGAAGUGCUGAAAAGUGAAUUAAAUCAUGUGAAAGUCACAUCUGGGGCUCUGUGUCAUGCCAGUGGAGAUCUUGAGCAAAUCAUCUCAGAACAAUGCUAUAAUUUUGUUUGUGUGAAUAUUAUGACCUCUGAUUUUCAAGAAACCCAGAAGUUACUGAGUAUAGUUGAAGAGAGCAAUCUGUCUAUUUUAUAUCCGGUUGUUGUUGUUUCAGUACAUUUUUUUGACAUUAAAUCAGUACCUCUCAGUCAGAAAAUGGAGGACCUAAUGUGGAUUCGGGAAUUUGCAAAGGAAGUGAGAAAAAGAAAUAUUUUGUUAUGUGGCCUUCUCAUAUGUUACCCACAGGAUGAGCAGAAACUACAAGAGAGUUUAAGGCAAGCUGCCAUCAUUAUUGCUGCCUUAAUCAAAGAAAGAAAUUCUGGACUCGUUGGUCAGCUACUGGUAGCAUGAAGAACACAGAAAAUUACCUAUUAGGCUUUUUGAAAUCUGGACCCAAGUAUCUCUAUUGUGCUUCUUUCUCUCCCUGUUGUGUGAGGUAGAAUGUUUAAGUUGGCUUCUGUGUCAUCUUAUAAUUUGUAGGAUGUGAUACUUAGAUUAUAGAAGUGGAUCGAUGCUUAUAUCUGUGAAAUAAAAAUAUUUUUAUAUAUGUCAAAUAUAAAUUGCCUGAACCAGAAAAAGAGUAGUAGAUAAGUGGAAAAUAACAGCCUUCACAUGAAGAAUCUUUUCACAAAGGCAUAAAAGGUCAAAUAGAAAUAAUGAUGGGUGAAUUAUUCUUUCAAGGAAUGAGAAUUUGGAAAACUUCAGCUUUUGUCUUAACUCUGUGCUAAUAAAUCACACUGUAAUAAAGUUAAUGGAUAAGCUUCAGAAUUAUUCUCAAUUCUAAAAUUGUCCUCUUACCAUGUGAUAUUUUAUCUUUUUAUCUUGUAUUGAAAUUUUCUAUAUCUUAAAAAAAAUGGAACUCCUUGUUUCAAAUAUCUUCCCUAUUUGUGUCAUAUUACUCUAGAUCCCUAAAGGAGACAUAAUCUAUUUCUAUUUUCCUAUUAUUUUAAAUUAUAUUUUCCUUGGUUUAUGAAAUAUUAAUAUAAUUAUAUUAUAUUAUCUUAAAGGGUCUCUGUUUUUUCUGAAUAGCCUUUUUAAAAGUCUGGAAAGCUUCAUAAAAUUAUUUUGGUCAAUCCCUGGUUAGUCAUCUUCUGGGGAAUUCGUAGCCUAUCUGGUUAUUCUUUAGAUACAGAUACUGCUACUUUUAAAAACCAAGUUCUUUCUAAUUUCCAUUCGUGUAUACAACUGAAAUAUCAGUAUUUUCCCUCACAUUACAUUUUUCAAUUACAUGUGUCCAGUCAUUAGAGAUACCUUUUAUUUUAUAUAUACUAUUAUUAUAUACAAACAGCUUAGAUCAGAUUAUUCCAAGGAUUGGGCUGCAUAUGGAAACUAUAAAAGUUGCACAAAAUGUUUUCAGUUAAAGAUAGAUUAUAAUACAUCUACCUUUAGAAUUUCUUCUUUAACAUGUUGGUUGAUUUUCCCUAUAUAUCUCAAGUAUUUGUAUAGUAGGAGGGUUUAUGUUUUACAUUUAAAUAAUGAUGAGUAGAAUAUUAUGAGUAUGAGGUAGGUAAUUACUGCAAUUCAUUCUUCCAAAUGAAAUCUGUUAUUCCAAUGUAGGUUGGAUUUAAAUUCCUGGGCUCGCCACUUUUUCCCCCUCUCUCUGAGAAUGUUAAGAAACAUAAAAUCCAUUAAUUCAAAUUCUUGAGGAUAAAAAUAUGUGGGUAAUGUGCAGAUUUUGGUUAGAGUGUCUUUGUGUCCCUAUUAGGGUGGUUAGCUGUGCGGUGAAAGGCAUAGUUGCAAAGUCUAUACCAUGAGCCUGAAAUAUUUAAGGACUUUGAAAGUGCUCAUAAGGCAGAAGAGGAAAUGUUAUCAAGGUUUUAAAGACUGCCUUUAAGAAGGAAGGCAGCAGGAAACUGGGCAUAUCCAUGGCACAGUAAAAUCUACCCUACUCUAUGGGGUGCUGACUUAACAUAGAUUUUAACUUAAUAAAGGAAUGUCAUAGCAGACAGGAAUUUAUCCUGGAGCAAUUAGUAUGACUUUACCCUAGGCAAUCAGAAACAUUUAGCAUAAUUAAGUUUAGUUAAUAUUAAAUUGUGCCUACAAAGUAAUUAUAGCAUUUUUAUCCUUUAUUUGUGCCUACAAAGUAAUUUUAGCAUUUUAUCCUUUAUAGUUUACAAAGCAAGAAAUUCACCGCAUUUGACAUAGAAAUUCUCUACAUCCUUCAUCAUUUACACAAGGAAAUUGGGGCUCAGGGAACUUAAUUACCUUGGCAAAACUCAUGUAACUGCAUAGUAACAAGAGGCAGGGCCUAAACUCAGGAGGACUGAGAGUAAGUAUUAAGCUCGUGUCUCUGACAAUGACUCCUGGCAAAGACUUCCAAAAGAGAGCCUGUGAGAUAUAAGCCGGAGGCUGUCAGCAAGUGUUGGAGGAAUGGACACGGAAUGGAUAAAGAAGUCAGCAAUGUACGAUGACCUGAUGAAAGUCCUGGAGAUUUUGGCUUUCCAGCCACCUUCCGAACAUGCAGAAAUUGUAGCUUGGGGUGAAGAGAAUGGAGAGAAUUAUUUUCCAAAAGAUGAAGAUAAAUCAUUUCAUUGUUUAAGAGAUCCAGAGGCGACUUUGUUAUUUUUGUAACUGCUUCUGUAAAUUUACUUGGUAAACCUGUCCAUUCUCACUUUGCUUUCCAAAAUCUCUUUAAAAAUAAUAGUAAUUAGGCCUCAGGGUUGCUGAAAUUGCUUUUACCUGUGGGAAAUUGGGUGGAAAGACUAUUCCCUUUCUAAUUUUAUGCUACUUAGUUAAAUGCAAUUGAGCUUUUUAGGAAUUCAACACAGUGUGGGCAACAGUUGGAUUAAUGACAUAUUGGUAAGAGAACUUUUUUCCAUAAAACUGUUUAAUUUGAGAGAAUGACUUGUUGCUGGUGUACUCAUCUACAGAUAAGAGUCAGACCCCUGUAUUCUAUCAGAGCCAUUGUUACUGUGGUCAUUUUAAACAUUUUGCAUUGGUUUAAAAGGAAAAUUUUUUUCCUAUGUAAAUUUAUUAAAACUAUUAAA